AUGCGGCUACGGAGGUUGUGUGAGAAAAAAAGGAGUGGCAAAUGCCAUGUGUCAGACGCGGUCCGGGAGGACUUCAUCGCCGGCGGCGAAAAGCGAGAACUGUUGGAAGUGGCGCUUCUUGAAGUACUGCAGUCAACCGGGCUGGACCGGACAGCCCAGAAGAAGAUCAGGUUGCAGUUUGCUGCGCGGGUGCUGAAUGUCAAGGAGCGCAUGCAGGAGAGGGAGAAGGAGGUGACGGGCCAAUGGCUGACUGCGGAGCGCAUGAGGACACAGCUUACAUACAAUGAGGCCACUGUGAAACAGAUCACAUCUUACUGCUCGAAGUUCCCGGCUCUGCUGACAAGGCCAUGGAAAUAUAACCAAGCUGUGACCGAAUUCUUCGUUGAGACCGACAACAUCGCAAAGCUGAAGCGGCGGGAGUUGGAAUGUUGGCGCCAAGAAACCACUGAAGACGUGGCCGCUGAUAAGCUUGAGGCAACAGGCUCGGGCGUCAAAGACGCUGGGUUUAUGCAAGAGGACGCGGCGCUGAUGCCUGGCGAGCUUGAGGGAGAUGCUGGGGUGAGCCUUGAGGGCGCCAAGGUAAAGGAAGAACUCACCAAGCUGAUGGAUGCAACCCACGGGAAAAUAUCGCAAAUCUAUAAGAUGGUUGGCCAGUUGGAGACCCCGUACAACCCCAAGCCUUGUGAUCGCCACAAGACGUUGGGGACCGAGUUGGAGGGCAUUGCCAAAGGUCUUGAGGACCAGUAUGAAGAGAUGGCCAAGCUCACCACGCUUCAGGAAACGAAGAUGGUGGAGGAUGAAACCAAGCUGCAAGCUGGCCUUGAUGAUAUCCGCCAGAAGAUCCAAAAACCGUGCGCAGAGCUUUGCGCCAAGACAGCCAAACACAGGCUUUUCAUGAAAGAGAUCAACCAAGCACGAAAGAAGCUCGAAAAGGACACAGCUGAGGGCGAUGCGGGGGGUCAGCCUGCAAAGCGGGCGCGGCCUCAGGCAAAUAAGUCGGAGGAAGAAGAGGGCGCAAAUGCACCUGUUCCUGCCGCCAAAAAAAGGGCACGCAGGAAGAACACUGCGUGA